GACAACCACUUAUGGUUCGACGACGGCAACCUCAUCCUCGUAGCCGGGAAUGUCGAGUUCUGCAUCUACAUGGGACCGCUCAUAAACUCUUCGCCCGUUUUCCGCGACAUGCUAUCCCUUCCCCAGCCCACCUCCGACGGCGAAUCGUAUGCUUGCCCUGUGGUCCAAGUUCCUGACCAUCCGAACGACAUCAGGUGCAUCUUGCAGAGCUUGAUCUUCGGGAAUGAUCUGAGGUUCGUAGCGGAGCAUCCGAGCUUCGACACGAUCUCGUCAAUUGCACGAAUGGGCCACGAAUACCAGAUCUACAACGCGGUGAAGUACGCCCUUACUUACCUGCGCUGCUACUACCCUUCCGACUAUGCGGGGUGGAAGCAAAACAAAAGGGGCGCACCCAACUUCCGACCGGCGCACAGUAUUGGCGUCAUGAACCUUGCUCGGCUGACGCAGACAUCUGACAUCAUGCCGGCGGCUUUCUGGAUAUGCUGCAACCUGGACAUCGACCAUCUCCAGGCAGGCUUCAAGAGGAACGAUGGCACCGUCGAGACGCUCUCUCGGACUGACCUUGUGAACGUCCUCAUCGCUAGGCAAGAACUCGCC